GCGUCACGUGACCCAGGUAAUUGGCUGGGCUCGCUGCUCACCCCCUGCGCGCAGUCCCUGACUUGCAGCUUCCAGGACUGCGCUGCCGCGCGGACCCGACGGCCCGAGUUCCUGCUGGUUGCCCUGAGGAGCCUACUUUCCCUCGCUUGAGAAGACCACCCUCUUCUCUUUACCGCAAAAUGAGUCAGCUGAGGCUGCUGCCAUCCCGGCUUGGGGCACAGGCCUCGAGGCUCCUGGCCCCACAUGAUAUCCAGAUGUUCAGCCGGCGCAGCAGGUCGUCUGGGCCACCGGCCCCCUUCCCAAGCAGCAAACGUGGAGGCAGCUCCAGUUACAUGGAGGAGAUGUACUUCGCCUGGUUGGAAAACCCCCAGAGUGUCCACAAGUCCUGGGACAGCUUCUUCCGGAAAGCCAGUGAGGAAGCCGCCUGUGACCCCGCUCAGUCACGGUUCCCUGAGAGCAGGCCAUCAAUCUCGAGCCGGACCAAGACCAGCAAGCUGGUGGAGGACCACCUAGCUGUGCAGUCCCUGAUCCGGGCCUACCAGAUUCGAGGCCACCAUGUGGCCCAGCUGGACCCCCUGGGCAUUCUGGAUGCAGACCUGGACUCCUUUGUGCCCUCGGACUUAAUCACAACCAUCGAUAAACUGGCGUUCUAUGACCUGCGGGAGGCUGACCUAGAUAAGGAGUUCCAGCUGCCCACGACCACCUUCAUCGGGGGAUCUGAGCAUACCCUGUCUCUGCGGGAGAUCAUUCGGCGCCUGGAGAGCACCUACUGCCAGCACAUUGGCCUGGAAUUCAUGUUCAUCAAUGACGUGGAGCAGUGCCAGUGGAUCCGGCAGAAGUUUGAGACCCCUGGUGUGAUGCAGUUCUCCAGUGAGGAGAAGCGGACCCUGCUGGCCCGGCUGGUGCGCUCCAUGAGGUUUGAAGACUUCCUGGCCCGGAAAUGGUCCUCGGAGAAGCGAUUUGGCCUGGAGGGCUGUGAGGUCAUGAUUCCUGCCCUCAAGACCAUCAUAGACAAAUCCAGUGAGAUGGGGAUCGAGAAUGUCAUCCUGGGGAUGCCACAUAGGGGCAGGCUGAAUGUGCUGGCCAAUGUGAUCCGCAAGGACCUGGAGCAGAUUUUCUGCCAGUUUGACCCCAAGCUGGAGGCAGCAGAUGAGGGCUCCGGAGACGUCAAGUAUCACCUCGGCAUGUACCAUGAGAGAAUCAACCGGGUCACCAACAGAAAUAUCACUUUGUCCCUUGUGGCCAACCCCUCCCACCUGGAAGCUGUGGACCCUGUGGUGCAGGGAAAAACGAAGGCAGAACAGUUCUACCGAGGGGAUGCCCAGGGCAAGAAGGUCAUGUCCAUCCUGGUUCACGGGGACGCUGCCUUCGCUGGCCAAGGCGUGGUGUAUGAGACCUUCCACCUGAGUGACCUGCCCUCUUACACCACCAAUGGUACUGUGCACGUCGUCGUCAACAACCAGAUCGGCUUCACCACAGAUCCCCGCAUGGCCCGCUCAUCACCAUACCCCACUGAUGUGGCUCGUGUGGUUAACGCGCCCAUCUUCCACGUGAACGCAGAUGACCCAGAGGCCGUGAUAUAUGUGUGCAGUGUGGCAGCUGAGUGGAGGAACACCUUCAAUAAAGAUGUUGUGGUGGACUUGGUCUGUUACCGCCGGCGUGGCCACAAUGAGAUGGAUGAGCCCAUGUUCACGCAGCCGCUCAUGUACAAGCAGAUCCACAGACAGGUGCCUGUGCUGAAGAAGUACGCGGACAAGCUCAUUGCUGAGGGCACCGUCACCCUGCAAGAGUUCGAGGAAGAAAUUGCCAAAUAUGACCGGAUCUGUGAGGAGGCGUAUGGCAGGUCCAAGGAUAAAAAGAUUCUGCAUAUAAAGCACUGGCUGGACUCCCCCUGGCCCGGCUUCUUCAAUGUGGACGGGGAGCCCAAGAGCAUGACGUGCCCGGCCACAGGCAUUCCUGAGGACGUGCUGACCCACAUUGGUGAAGUGGCCAGCUCCGUGCCCCUGAAGGACUUUAAGAUCCACACAGGCCUCUCUCGAAUCCUGCGGGGCCGUGCAGAUAUGAUCAAGAACCGGACGGUGGACUGGGCACUGGCAGAGUACAUGGCCUUUGGCUCCCUGCUCAAGGAGGGUAUCCACGUGCGGCUUAGUGGGCAGGACGUGGAGAGGGGCACGUUCAGUCACCGGCACCACGUUCUCCAUGACCAGGAAGUUGACCGGAGGACGUGUGUCCCCAUGAACCACCUUUGGCCUGACCAGGCCCCCUACACUGUGUGCAACAGCUCCCUCUCAGAGUAUGGAGUCCUGGGCUUUGAGCUGGGCUAUGCCAUGGCAAGCCCCAAUGCCCUGGUCCUCUGGGAGGCUCAGUUUGGUGACUUUCACAACACGGCCCAGUGCAUCAUCGACCAGUUCAUCAGCACCGGCCAGGCCAAGUGGGUGAGGCACAACGGCAUCGUACUGCUGCUGCCCCAUGGCAUGGAGGGCAUGGGCCCGGAACACUCCUCAGCAAGGCCUGAGAGGUUCCUGCAGAUGAGCAACGAUGACUCCGAUGCCUACCCCGUGUUCACUGAGGACUUCGAGGUGAGCCAGCUCUACGAUUGCAACUGGAUUGUUGUCAAUUGCUCCACACCGGCCAACUACUUUCACGUGCUGCGCCGCCAGGUCCUGCUGCCCUUCCGCAAGCCGCUGAUCAUCUUCACACCCAAGUCUCUGCUGAGGCACCCAGAGGCCAAGUCCAGCUUUGACCAAAUGGUAUCUGGGGCCAGCUUCCAGCGGGUGAUUCCUGAGGAUGGGGCUGCGGCGCAGACUCCUGAGCAGGUGCGGCGGCUCAUCUUCUGCACUGGAAAGGUGUACUACGACCUGGUGAAGGAGCGGAGCAGCCAGGGCCUGGAGGAACAAGUGGCCAUCACCCGCCUGGAGCAGAUCUCUCCAUUCCCCUUCGACCUGAUCAAGCAAGAGGCAGAGAAGUACCCGGGCGCAGAGCUGGUGUGGUGCCAGGAGGAGCACAAGAACAUGGGCUACUAUGACUACAUCAGCCCGCGCUUCAUGACCAUCCUGAGUCGGGCACGGCCCAUAUGGUACGUUGGCCGUGACCCAGCGGCUGCACCAGCCACAGGAAACAGGAACACUCACCUGGUUUCUCUGAAGAAGUUUCUGGAUACUGCCUUUAAUCUCCAGGCCUUUGAGGGCAAGACAUUUUAGAGCUGGCAAGGCCUGGCUGGGUAUUGCUGUGGGACUGGCUGGUGAGGGGAGGGACGGGUGUGCUCCUGCCCAGGAGAGGGGCUGUCCAGAGCCCCAGGAUAAAAUAAUACUCACAUAAGUGAUUAAGGCCAAAGGUAGGUGCUGCUGGCUUCAGUAUUAUGCUACCUUGGACCUUGGUGUUUGUUUAUGUCAGAAUCUGUUAGGACUGAGCAAGCCAGAGGGCUCUGAUAGAUGGGCUGUAGUUCAGGAGUGUUUCCCCGCUUGCCCUGGUCUUCCUGAAAUUUUUGUGUGACUUCUCCAUCUGUGCUGUUCGUGUCUCUGCAGACAGCCACCCAGGAGCCCAUGUCUUUGGCCCCUAUCUCCCAUCCUGGUAGAUCUGGUUGCUGCUUACCCUGUCCUUGUUCAUUUGUAGAUUCAAGGAAUGUUCUGUUUUGUGCUCUUAGAAAUAAAGAUUUCAGCAAUAACAACCAGGUGAAGCAAAACCAUGCCAGGUGAUUUAAAUGUGCUCUGUUUUAUGGAGCGUGUCAUAAUGAGGUAUGUCAGCUUCUGUGUGAAAUACAGCCGCAGCUCAAGUGUACCAAAGCAGAAAACCAAAUAACAGAAAUAAAAAAGUGCUUAAGAGAGUUUUUCUGUUUUCAUUUCAUGUAAAACUGGGGAAGAGGCAUAUGGUUUAGAGAAGGUAGGGAAUGGGGAGGGAGAACAAACUAAACAUGUAGAGGAUGAAAUAUCUGCCUCCAUUGGACAGAUUUUCUUUGGAGCACUAGGCAAUGUUUGCAAAUCUGUUGGCAUGUCCACUCUAGCUUUUGUUGGUUUUGCUUCCCCGCAGAGAUGCUGGGAAAGGUGCAGCACAGGAGGGAUGUUUUGCUUUCUGCAAAGCAUUUAUUCAUUUAUCCCUUCUUAGAGUACUUUCUCUGUGCUACACUCUGAGGCCUGGGUGAAAGUUACGUUGGAGGUAACUGUGGAGGGUUGUGGGAGUCAAGGAGGCCUCCCUGGAGGAGGUGGUAUUUGAAGGAAGAAGAGUCCUAAAGGAGAACCAGGAGAGAUGAACCUCUCAUGGAGCAGACCUAGAAAUACCACAGGGUUGGGGUGGGUAGCCUAAAGGAACAAUCAACCUGAAGUUGGAGAACAGUCUGUUAAGUUCCAUCAGCCUCAAAUAGAGCUUAUUGGGAUAUGCUUUGAACCACACCGCAGGAGCAGGAGCAGGAGCAUUCUUUUCUUAAUGUUUAUUUUUGAGAAAGAGAGACAGAGCAUGAGCAGGGGACAGGCAGAGAGAGAGGGAAACACAGAAUCCGAAGCAGGCUCCAGGCUCUGAGCUGUCAGCACAGAGCCCGACACGGGGCUUGAACUCACAAACUGUGAGAUCAUGACCUGAGUCAAAGUCGGAUGCUUAACCAACUGAGCCACCCAGGCAUUCCCAUACCACAGGAGCAUUCUAAGUGACAUAAAGUAAAAAUAAUUACAGCUGCCUGUAUCAUGUGUCUGUUGUGUCCUGGACCCACUGCCGGGGUUUUGCAUAUGUUACUAAAUACUGUUUAACCUUCAUCUUGGCUUUGCAUGCUGGGAAUAUGCCCAUUUUACAGACGAAGAAAUUGAGGUUCACAUGAAAUUAUUUGCCCAGGGUCACUUGCCAAGUGGACUUGGCCUCUGCCCAUAAGACUGCAUUGCUGCCCUUGGGAAAUCAGCUCUUCCCAUAUCAUGUGUUCCUGGCUCCGUGGAGACCCAGUGGUCUGGGCUCUCCCUGCAGUCAGGCCGUGGCCAGCAGGGAUGCACCUGGGCUAGGCAGAGUGCCUUCAUACUCAGGAGGCGGAUAGUUGGGCUGUCCUGCCUAUAGCACACAUUGCCCCUUCUUCACUCUCAAGUGUAGAAAGGCUACACACAGGCUGGUGAAGACCAGCUGGUGAGAUCACUGACCUGAGGAAAACCAACCUCAUGAAACGAGGGGUCUAAACUCCACAAACAAGAACUAAUGCUGGGAAGUGAAAUUGAGCUUACAAAACAAAGGCUUCAAAUGAACUGAAAUAACUUCGGGAGGCAAGGAGGAUAUUGCUACUAUGAAACAAUAACAGACAAUGACCAUAUAGAUAUUUAGAAAAUACCAACUAUUGCCCAAAUAACCUCAAUGGAUGGCCUGAAUAGCAGAACGGACACAGCUGCAAUGCGAAAUAAUACAUUUGGAGAUGAGGCCAAGGAACUCUCCAAAAAAUGCAGAACAGUGAACAAAGAUGUAUUUAAAAGAGUGCUUUAAAGAGUAAGUAUAGAUCCUGCAGUUCUGACAUACAUGUAACAGGAGUCCCAGGAGGAGAAAGCAUGAGGGGAUCUUGUGGUGAUGGAAAUAUUCUUUUGACUGUACAAUGUCAGAGUUGCGGUUGUGACAUUUUACUGUAGUUUUUCAAGAUGUUAUCAUUGGAGAAAUUUGAUCAAGGCUACACGGGAUAUAUUUCUUACAACUGCAUGCAGCUGGAGAAUUAUAAGAAAUAAAGGAGUUUCGUUUAACAAUGAAUUAUUUGCUUCCAGUUAUCAAGUUGGGAAAACUUGUAUAAUUUGGAUACAAAUCCUUUGUCAGAUAUAUGUUUUAAGAAUAUCAUCAGUCUAUGGCUGGUAGUUUAAU